AUGGCUAUGCAGGUCAGCAGUGCAGGAGGAGAAAAAAUAGAAAAGGAGGAUAGGAAAAUAGCUGGGAAAAUGGGAAAAGGGUGUGGGAAAGCAGCGUUAGAGAAAGGUCAAGAUGGCAUGACUACAAUUGGAGAAGCAGUAGGAAGAGAUGAUGGGAAGAACAAAGGAGAUGGUGGAGGAUAUAAGAGAAAGGCGCCUGAGACAGAAACGGUCGUACCUGAGGACUACCUGGCUGAUCCUGCCAACAUGAAGCGGUACAGUGUGGAUCCUGACGAUUCUGCCUUUGGUUGCAUGGGCUCCAUGUAUGCCACACGGCAGAGUCCUGCAGAUGGACGUCCUGCUGGAGGCUCCUCUUCCUCCUGUAGCCAUCGUCCUCCCCAGAUGUCUUCAGGGGGAUCCAUGUCUACUGGCCUGCGGCAUCAGACCUCCAGCCCAACGAGGAACGGGACCUAUCUUGAAGGAAACAGAAGUGCCUCAAGUCCUUCAACAGAACAAGACACGGCUCGGCCAUCAAGCAAGAAUCCUUUGACCUGGACGGUGGAUGACGUGGUUUGGUUUGUGAAGGAUGCAGACCCUCAUGCUUUAGGUCCCCACGUGGAGCUCUUCAGAAAACACGAGAUUGAUGGCAAUGCUUUGUUGCUGCUGAAAAGUGACAUGAUCAUGAAAUACCUGGGGCUGAAACUGGGACCUGCGCUGAAACUGUGCUACCACAUUGAUAAGCUCAAGCAAGCCAAGUUCUAA